CAAGAAGCAUGUUUCCGGCAGCCCUCCCUUGAGGAAAAAUUGGUAAAAGCUUGGUAUUUUUCCCUUCUUUUCUUGCUCUAGAACACAAAUUGAACCCAGAAUCCCCCCCCCCCUCUCUACAGAAAUUCGGAUCUGCCCUGCUCUACUUCUUCCGUCCACUGCUCUGCCGUGUAUGGGGGUGAGUUUCUCGGUUUUUCUGUGGCAUGAAAGCUCCUCCAAUUUCCCGCCGGCCUUCCCCAAACUGCAGUCCGGUUGUGCUUGCGAAUUCUGGUUCUUGAUCGUUGGUUUCCCUAGUACUUGGAUUGAGUCGACUUAUGGAGUGAAUUUUCUAUGUUAUGUGAUUUGAGGAAGUGAAACCGAGGACGGGGAAACCACGGGAAGUGACAAGUUAGAAGGCUAGCCAUUUCGAGAUUGAUAUAGAUUUGGUUAAAACCCCUUUUUGGUCCCUGAACUAUUGUACGGACCCUCGAUUUGAUCCCUGAACUAAAAAAAUCCCUGAUUU